AAAAGCCGCCAUGGAAGCCAGCAUUUCCAGAAACUUGACCCAACAUGAGUUAAAGGCUUUAUUUAUAUCAUCCAAUCAAACCAAACAAAUCUCUCUCCCAUAGAAGCUCCAUUUGGUCUCAACACAAAAUUAAAGGACUGAACAAAACCACUUUCUAUGUGAAACAAAAUCAGUCAAGCGGCUUCUUUACUCUUUCAGUGACUGAGGCUCUAUUUAAGCAUUCAUUAACAUGAGCUUGCACACACUGCUCUGCACGCACCACUGUGCAAAUCUUUAGGUGUGGUGUAAUUAAAAGGAGGGCAAAUCAAGUCAGGAGGAGGGUCACUCAUGCCUUUAACCAUCAUCCUUGGGGGGAGAACAAUGGUUAAGAAAAUCGUCCAUAGGAUAUCUAUACUGGGUGGCAGUGGGUGGGGGAGGAAUAGGUGAGAGUCGAGAAACUGAUUUAUUAACAGGAAAUAGGAUUUUAGAGUCAUAAACAUGAAGAAAUUUCCAAAGAAUUUAACUUAAGUAAAUUUUCUGAUGUUAAAUUGUGAUUAUUGUGAUUUUAUGUUAAAGACCAACGCAAAUAGCACAUAGCUGUUAAAUGGAAAGAAAAUGUGUGUGUUUCAAUGUCUUUCAAAAAUAAAAUUCUGAAAGGUUUAACAUUCACUUAUAUUUAGCCUCUAAAGUAAAUAAUUUAGAUUACUUCCACUGCAACAGUUGCGAUUGUUUUGUAUGCAUCUACUAGAUUUGUCCAUCAAAAGACUGAAAUCUUUCUCCAUUCUUCUUUGAAAAAUAGAUCGAAUUCAGUCAAAUUAAACUGAGGGCAAGGCUUGCCAUAAAUUCUUAAUUGCAUUCAGCUCUAGAUGUUGACCACCAGGCCAUUUUGACACAUGCAUAUGUUUGGAUCUAAGCCAGGGGUUUAUCAUCUUUGGGCAAUGAACUGAACAUAGCUUUGUGAGAUACUUAGAAUAUCGUUUUAUAACCAAACGUUGCUUUAAACUUUACACCUCGUUUCUUCCAGACUUGUCUGUUGUGUUUUUUAGUCUUUAUGACUAAGAAAGUCUGUAUAUUCUCUAACAAAACGUCUGAGGCUUUUAAAGAUCAGCUGGAUUCUUCUUAAUAAAUUAUAAACAUCUGGACUCUACUAAAUAAUUAUUAAUGAACUGACUCCUGAAGUCAACUUGGAUUUUUACUAAGCAGAACUAAGAUAAUGGAAGCUGAAUAUAAAUGCGCUACAAACUUUUUUUCUCCCCUCCAAAGGUGUGAAUACUUUACUGAACACUGUCUCAGCAACGCCAGAGUUCACCAACAGUUGGUCAGGUUUUAAAUGCACAUGGACGGACCAUCCAGCAGGUGGCACCGUUUGACUUAGUCCUAUGAUUCUCUAAUAUCAUCAAUUUAAAUAUUUGUUUUCAUCUUCCAUCAAUACUCCUUAAUCACACAGGAGAAUACACCUUAAUUAAAACUCUCAUGAAACAAGAAGAUGAAUAAAUUAUCCAUCUGGUUAAUUUUUCAGAAUGAACCUAUGAUCUAUUAACUGACCAGCUGAACUGGAGUCAAACUGCCCACAUCUCAUAUUGUGUAACUCUCUCCUCCUCUUUUCCUGCCCCUUUCCCUUCCUCUCUCUGCAUCUCCUAUACUCCCUCUUCUCUCUUUAACCAUAACGUCCCACCAGAAGCGGUGUGUAGUGGACGGCUCCUGCGCUACUGAACGACGCGUCAGUCAGAACACACAGAGGCUGAGCAGAGCGCACGGAGAAGAGCAGAGACUCAUUGGUGUGAUGUGAAAUAACCAAGAGGACAGUGGAACUUUCCAGCAAGCGAACACCUACUGUGCAAUAACAGCAAACAGGCAGUAGGUAUUUUCUGUUUGUUUGUUUUUAUGUUUCAUAAUUCCCAGGAUCCGCUGUGCGCACUGAAGUGGCCAUGGCGUAUUUUACGCACUGCAGGUAACCAAUCCGUUGGAGACUAAAACUCUAAACACAUCAUGGAUUAAACUGCGACUGUUGCGCUAGUUAACACCAGACGGGCGGACAUGGCAGCACUUCGGAGGAAAUUUGGAGAAGACUACCAGGUGGUCAACACCAACCGGGCAACUACUUUCUCCGCCCCGGUGAAGAAGAAACGCCAACGCUUCGUGGAGAAGAACGGCCGCUGCAACGUGCAGCACGGAAACCUCGGCGGGGAGACCAGCAGGUACCUCUCCGACCUGUUCACCACUCUGGUGGACCUGAAGUGGCGCUGGAACCUGCUCAUUUUCAUUCUCACCUACACCAUCGCUUGGCUCGUCAUGGCAUCGAUGUGGUGGAUCAUUGCUUACAUCAGGGGGGAUCUAAAUCACGGCCACGAUCCGUCCUACACCCCGUGCGUGGCGAACGUUUACAACUUCCCUUCAGCGUUCCUCUUUUUCAUCGAGACCGAGGCCACCAUCGGCUACGGCUACCGGUAUAUCACCGAGAAGUGCCCGGAGGGGAUCAUCCUCUUCCUGUUCCAGUCGCUGCUGGGUUCCAUAGUGGACGCCUUCCUCAUCGGCUGCAUGUUCAUCAAAAUGUCCCAGCCUAAGAAACGCGCGGAGACGCUCAUGUUCAGCCAGGACGCGGUGAUUUCCCAAAGAGACGGCAGACUCUGCCUCAUGUUCCGAGUGGGCAACCUGCGCAACAGCCACAUGGUGUCCGCGCAGAUCAGGUGCAAACUCAUAAAGUCUCGUCAGACACCUGAAGGAGAGUUCCUGCCACUGGACCAGUGUGAGCUGGACGUUGGCUUCGGGACGGGAGCAGACCAGCUCUUCCUGGUGUCUCCUCUCACAAUCUGCCAUGAAAUAAAUCCCAAAAGUCCGUUUUUCGACUUAUCGCAGCGCUCCCUCAUGAACGAACAAUUUGAGAUUGUCGUUAUCCUCGAGGGCAUCGUGGAGACCACGGGUAUGACAUGCCAAGCGCGGACAUCAUACACUGAGGACGAGGUUUUAUGGGGCCACCGCUUCCUGCCCGUCAUGUCUCUGGAGGAAGGCUUCUUCAGAGUGGACUACUCUCAGUUCCACAGCACAUUUGAGGUGCCAACACCUCCAUACAGUGUCAAAGAGCAGGAGGAGAAAAAUUCGUUGCCUUCACCUCAGUCCACUCCCACCCCCGCACUGACUGAGAGCCACGGCGCCCGGCGCGACCGGGUGUUUUCCGUGGAUUGCAUCAACACUACAGAGGAGAGGGGCCGUCAGGGAGGAGCGGGCGGCCGGCUGCCGAGCAAGCUGCAGAGGAUGAGCUCGUCGGGGAAGGAGGACCUGCAAAGGAAGGUGCUUUUGCUCAGCUCCCAGCAUGCAGAGAAGGCGUGCAGCACAGGGGACCUCCCCAUGAAGCUGCAGAGGCUGAGCUCCUCCCCCAGCCCAGGAGCACAAAAUCGGCUGCAACUCAAGUCACUCAAGGUGGGCUUUGAGCCCAUGACACAGUCGACAGGAGACCUGUACCAGCGCAGCCCACCAACCACGCUGUCACCCACUCCUGUGCCCAUGCACAGCCCCCUUCUGUCAGCUGGAGGGAGGCUGGAGGACAAUCUGCCACCAAAGCUACGAAAAAUGAAUGCUGACCGCUGAAAUCUGGACAACAACCACCAAACACGAGAAGGUGCUGCAUACAGGAAACAACAAAAGCAAUGAUAAUGGGGCAAGAAGGACUAGUAGGCAACUUGUGUUUUUUUUUUCUUUGAGAACAAGCUAUUACUGGAAAUACUGUGAUUUCUGUGCUUCAUAACAAAGGAAUAGACUAAAGACGCGUAUUUACUGGAUCAUUCUGAGAAGAGUUGUGCAUGUCUACAAUAAAUCUAUUGUUUUAUUUAUGCACCACUAUACUCAAUAGUCAAUCUUAGUUUUAAUCAAGUAUAAAUUAUAUUAAAAUGAAAAUAAAUACAGUUUGAUAUUCUCUGCCUUGUCUGAUUCCUGCUGUUUUAGCUGAAACCAAGGUAAGUGUCGUUACAAGACCUUAUUUAACCCAACCUUAAGUAUAUAUGAUGAGCAGAAACAGACAUACAAUUAUAAGCAAAAGUCAUAAAAAAUGGAUUCUUUAGUGCACCAAAAAUUACAAAACUGCCACUCUGUCAGAAAGAGCCAAGAGGGCAAUAAUAAAAUAGAUUAUCUUAAAA